AAAGACGAGAGCUUCAGCUUCAGAGUCCAGAAGUGAAACUUAAAGCUGCAGCUUAGCAAACUCGGAGUUUCUUCAGAGGAGCAUCAGACUGAGCUCAUCCAGCCUUUCUCAACAGCACAGCAGAGCUUCUGUCCAACACUGAGUCUGGAAAACUCACCUGUUGGUGUCUGACACACCUGCAGGGAGAGGCGGGAUUCAGCCGAGUCCAUCAGGUUUUCCUCAACAACACAGCAGAGUCUCUACAAACAGAGAUGAAUCAGUGUCUCUUCAAAGGAAAAUUAAAUUGAGCUCGUCAAGCCUUUCUCAACAGCAGAGGAGAGCUUCUGUCCGCCACUGGACCUGAAAACCUGCAGGGAGAAGCAACUGAGUCCAUCACGUUUUUCAUCAACAGCACGGCAGAGCCUCUACAGUGAGUGCAGACAUGUCUGCUGCCAGCUGUCUUCUAUCUGAAGAUCAGUUUCUGUGCUCCAUCUGUCUGGAUGUGUUCACUGAUCCAGUCACCACACCAUGUGGACACAACUUCUGCAAAACAUGCAUCACUCAGCACUGGGAUAUCACUGAGAGGUACCAGUGUCCCAUCUGCAAAAAGGUGAUUGAGACCAGACCUGAGCUGCACAUCAACACUUUCAUCUCUGAGAUGGUUGCUCAGUUCAGACAUGAAGCUCGGCAGAAAGCCAGCAGCAGCAGCUCAGAGCAACAAGCUGCCAAACCAGGAGAAGUUCCCUGUGACGUCUGCACUGGAACCAAACUGAAGGCCCUGAAGUCCUGCCUGGUGUGUCUGACCUCCUACUGUCACACUCACCUGGAACCUCAUCUGACAGCUUCACGUCUGAAAAGACAUCAGCUGAUUGAUCCUGAGGAGAACCUGGAAGGCAGGAUGUGCAUGAAGCACGAUAAACCUCUGGAGCUGUUCUGUAAGACUGACCAGACAUGUGUCUGUGUGCUCUGCUCUGUUGUAGACCACAAGACUCAUGAGUUUGUUCCUCUGACAGAAGAAUAUGAAGGAAAGAAGGCAGAACUGGGGAAGACUGAGGCUGAAAUUCAACAAAUGAUCAAGAAGAGACGACUGAAGAUUGAGGAGAUCAAAGAGUCGGUGAAGAUGAGUAAAGAUGCUGCAGACAGAGAGAAAGCAGAAGGUGUUCAGGUCUUCACUGCUCUGAAGAAGUCUGUUGACAGAGGCCUGAACGAGCUCAUAAAGCAGAUUGAAGACAAACAGGAAACAACAGAGAAACAGGCUGAAGGUUUCAUCAAAGAUCUGGACCAGGAAAUCUCUGAGCUGAUGAAGAGAAGCUCUGAGGUGGAGCAGCUCUCACGCUCUAAAGACCACCUCCACCUCCUCCAGAGCUUCUCAUCCCUGAAAGAUGCUCCACCCACCAAGGACUGGACAGAGGUCAGUAUCCGCCCAUCAGUAUAUGAGGGGACUGUGGUGAAAGCUGUGAUGAGAGCUGUGGAUCAGCUGAAGGAGACACUCAGGAAAGACAUGAAGAAGCUGUUUGAGGCUGAGCUGAAGAGGAUCCAGCAGUAUGCAGUGGAUGUGACUCUUGAUCCUGAUACAGCAAAUCCUCAACUCAUCCUGUCUGAUGAUGGAAAACAAGUUCACUGUGGUGAUGAGAAGAAGAGUCUUCCAGACAACCCAGAGAGAUUUUCUAAACGUCUUGGUGUUUUAGGAAAUCAGAGUUUCGCUUCAGGCAGAUUUUACUUUGAGGUUCAGGUUAAAGAAAAGACUAAAUGGUUUUUAGGAGUGGCCACAGAGUCACUCAACAGGAAGGAACGCAUCACACGCAGUCCUGAGAAUGGUUACUGGACUGUAGCAGGAAAUGAAAAUAUUUGUGAAGCUUCUGAUGAUCCUCCAGUUCGUCUCUCUCUUCAGUCUGAUCCUGAGAAGGUGGGGGUGUUUGUGGAUUAUGAGGAGGGUCUGGUCUCCUUUUAUGAUGUAGGUGAUGCAGCUCUUAUCUACUCCUUUACUGGCUGCUCCUUCACUGAGAAACUCCACCCAUUCUUCUGUCCUGGUUUUAAUGCUGGUGGUAAAAACUCUGCACCUCUGAUCAUCUGUCCUAUCAAUCAGUCAGUCUGAUCUGUUUCCAUGGUGAAACUGGAUUAAUUACAGAUUAAGCUCAACAUUUAAGCCGACACAGAGAAGAAGUCCUAAAAACAGAAGCGAGCAAACUGCAGCUGCUGAUGAAGACCAUGAGAUACGGUCAGAAGCUGCAGAACAAGCCAGUAAGCUGAGCUUUAGUUGAUGUUUUGUUAAAGUGUUUUCAAGUUGAAGAAAAUGAUCCAUUUGAGGAAGUCCAGUGUGAGAAAGUAGAAACUCUCCUUUUCUUUUCUUUCAGUGUUUAAAGGCACAGACAUUAAAGCAGAUACUGUAUACGGAUAUGAGUACAAAUGUACUGUUAAUAUUUGAUUCUUUUCAUUCAGCUGGUGUUAAAGAUCAGAAACAGGAUGGAGAAACUGUUCUGCUGUUUUAACAUGUACAACACGCUUGUUCACAAUGACAUGAAUAAAAAU